UGACCCAGCUGACCUCUGAUCUGUCACAUACUAACCUGUCUGUUUCUCCUCCUGACCCAGCUGACCUCUGAUCUGUCAUGUACUAACCUGUCUGUUUCUCCUCCUGACCCAGCCAACCUCUGAUCUGUCACGUACUAACCUGUCUGUUUCUCCUCCUGACCCAGCUGACCUCUGAUCUGUCACGUACUAACCUGUCUGUUUCUCCUGAACUCUGAUCUGUCACAUACUAACCUGUCUGUUUCUGUCAUGUACUCUUCCCUCUCCCCCUCCAGCACCAGUGUUUGUCAGCUCUGGGCAGCUCUCUGCUCUCUCGCUCCCUCGCUCUCCAGCACACGGUGUUCCCGGUUUAUGGACAAGAUUAAACCCUAUCCGUCUCUCCCUGUCUGCAGCACACUGUGUUCCCGGGUGUUGUGACAGACCUGAAAAGCAGAGCCGUAUGGUUCUGAUGUCAUGAAGGAGCAUGAGGACGACCCGGAGAUGUUAGUUGACCUGCAGCAGUCUGACCAAGUCCUAGGCGUCAUACAGCUAACCCUGACCCCUGACCUGAGGUAGGCUUCAUACAGCUAACCCUGACCCCUGACCUGAGGUAGGCUUCAUACAGCUAACCCUGACCCCUGACCUGAGGUAGGCUUCAUACAGCUAACCCUGACCCCUGACCUGAGGUAGGCGCCAGACAGCUAACCCUGACCCCUGACCUGAGCUAUAUACAGGGAGUACCAGUACCAGAUCAAUGUGGAGCUAUAUACAGGAAGUACCAGAUCAAUGUGGAGCUAUAUACAGGAAGUACCAGAUCAAUGUGGAGCUAUAUACAGGGAGUAUUUAAAUAUGACCCUGUGAUGUUCUUCCACCAUCCCCACACUCAGUUUGUGUUUGACAUUUCCACCUGAGUGGGUUGAUUCACUGUUGUGGUCAUCCUGUCUGGGUUGGCGCCCCCCCCUUGGGUUGUGUCGUGGCGGAGAUCUUUGUGGGCUAUACUCAGCCUUGUCUCAGGAUGGUAAGUUGGUGGUUGAAGAUAUCCCUCUAGUGGUGUGGGGGCUGUGCUUUGGCAAAGUGGGUGGGGUUAUAUCCUUCCUGUUUGGCCCUGUCCGGGGGUGUCCUCGGAUGGGGCCACAGUGUCUCCUGACCCCUCCUGUCUCAGCCUCCAGUAUUUAUGCUGCAGUAGUUUGUGUCGGGGGGCUAGGGUCAGUUUGUUAUAUCUGGAGUACUUCUCCUGUCCUAUCCGGUGUCCUGUGUGAAUCUAAGUGUGCGUUCUCUAAUUCUCUCCUUCUUUCUUUCUCUCUCUCGGAGGACCUGAGCCCUAGGACCAUGCCCCAGGACUACCUGACAUGAUGGCUCCUUGCUGUCCCCAGUCCACCUGGCCAUGCUGCUGCUCCAGUUUCAACUGACCUGAGCCCUAGGACCAUGCCUCAGGACGACCUGACAUGAUGACUCCUUGCUGUCCCCAGUCCACCUGGCCGUGCUGCUGCUCCAGUUUCAACUGUUCUGCCUUAUUAUUAUUGGACCAUGCUGGUCAUUUAUGAACAUUUGAACAUCUUGGCCAUGUUCUGUUAUAAUCUCCUCACGGCACAGCCAGAAGAGGACUGGCCACCCCACAUAUGCUCUCUCUAAUUCUCUCUUUCUUUCUCUCUCUCGGAGGACCUGAGCCCAAGGACCGUGCCCCAGGACAAACUAACAUGAUGACUCCUUGCUGUCCCCAGUCCACCUGACUGUGCUGCUGCUCCAGUUUCAACUGUUCUGCCUUGUUAUUAUUCGACCAUGCUGGUCAUUUAUGAACAUUUGAACAUCUUGGCCAUGUUCUGUUAUAAUCUCCACCCGGCACAGCCAGAAGAGGACUGGCCACCCCACAUAGCCUGGUUCCUCUCAAGGUUUCUUCCUAGGUUUUGGCCUUUCUAGGGAGUUUUUCCUAGCCACCGUGCUUCUACACCUGCAUUGCUUGCUGUUUGGGGUUUUAGGCUGGGUUUCUGUACAGCACUUUGAGAUAUCAGCUGAUGUACGAAGGGCUAUAUAAAUAGAAUUUGAUUGAUUGAUUGAUUGGAGUACCAGUACCUGAUCAAUGUGGAGCUAUAUACAGGAAGUACCAGAUCAAUGUGGAGCUAUAUACAGGGAGUACCAGAUCAAUGUGGAGCUAUAUACAGGGAGUACCAGUACCAGAUCAAUGUGGAGCUGUCUUUGGCCGGCCGGUACAUCCACCCUUAAGCCGGACGACGCUGGGCCAAUAGUGCGUCGCCUCAUAGGUCUCCCGGUCGCAGGGCCAUGCAGUCGUUGGUGAACAGGGAGUACAGGAGGGAACUGAGGGGCCCCUGGGUUGAGGAUCUGCGUGGCGGAUGUGUUGUUGCCUUUCCUCACCAUAUGGGGGCGGCCCAUCAGGAAGUCCAGGAUCUUGUCCAGAUGGGAGAGGGCAGUGGGGAGCCUCUUGUCCAGAUGGGAGAGGGCAGUGGGGAGCCUCUUGUCCAGAUGGGAGAGGGCAGUGGGGAGCCUCUUGUCCAGAUGGGAGAGGGCAGUGGGGAGCCUCUUGUCCAGGUGGGAGAGGGCAGUGGGGAGCCUCUUGUCCAGGUAGGAGAGGGCAGUGGGGAGCCUCUUGUCCAGGUGGGAGAGGGCAGUGGGGAGCCUCUUGUCCAGAUGGGAGAGGGCAGUGGGGAGCCUCUUGUCCAGGUAGGAGAGGGCAGUGGGGAGCCUCUUGUCCAGAUGGGAGAGGGCAGUGGGGAGCCUCUUGUCCAGAUGGGAGAGGGCAGUGGGGAGCCUCUUGUCCAGGUAGGAGAGGGCAGUGGGGAGCCUCUUGUCCAGGUGGGAGAGGGCAGUGGGGAGCCUCUUGUCCAGGUAGGAGAGGGCAGUGGGGAGCCUCUUGUCCAGGUAGGAGAGGGCAGUGGGGAGCCUCUUGUCCAGGUAGGAGAGGGCAGUGGGGAGCCUCUUGUCCAGAUGGGAGAGGGCAGUGGGGAGCCUCUUGUCCAGAUGGGGGAGGGCAGUGGGGAGCCUCUUGUCCAGAUGGGAGAGGGCAGUGGGGAGCCUCUAGUCCAGAUGGGAGAGGGCAGUGGGGAGCCUCUAGUCCAGAUGGUAGAGGGCAGUGGGGAGCCUCUUGUCCAGAUGGGAGAGGGCAGUGGGGAGCCUCUAGUCCAGAUGGGAGAGGGCAGUGGGGAGCCUCUAGUCCAGAUGGUAGAGGGCAGUGGGGAGCCUCUUGUCCAGAUGGGAGAGGGCAGUGGGGAGCCUCUAGUCCAGAUGGGAGAGGGCAGUGGGGAGCCUCUAGUCCAGAUGGUAGAGGGCAGUGGGGAGCCUCUUGUCCAGAUGGGAGAGGGCAGUGGGGAGCCUCUAGUCCAGAUGGGAGAGGGCAGUGGGGAGCCUCUUGUCCAGGUAGGAGAGGGCAGUGGGGAGCCUCUUGUCCAGAUGGGAGAGGGCAGUGGGGAGCCUCUAGUCCAGAUGGUAGAGGGCAGUGGGGAGCCUCUUGUCCAGAUGGGGAGGGCAGUGGGGAGCCUCUUGUCCAGAUGGGAGAGGGCAGUGGGGAGCCUCUAGUCCAGAUGGGAGAGGGCAGUGGGGAGCCUCUUGUCCAGGUAGGAGAGGGCAGUGGGGAGCCUCUUGUCCAGAUGGGAGAGGGCAGUGGGGAGCCUCUAGUCCAGAUGGUAGAGGGCAGUGGGGAGCCUCUUGUCCAGAUGGGUGAGGGCAGUGGGGAGCCUCUUGUCCAGAUGGGAGAGGGCAGUGGGGAGCCUCUUGUCCAGAUGGGAGAGGGCAGUGGGGAGCCUCUUGUCCAGAUGGGAGAGGGCAGUGGGGAGCCUCUUGUCCAGGUAGGAGAGGGCAGUGGGGAGCCUCUUGUCCAGGUAGGAGAGGGCAGUGGGGAGCCUCUUGUCCAGGUAGGAGAGGGCAGUGGGGAGCCUCUAGUCCAGAUGGGAGAGGGCAGUGGGGAGCCUCUUGUCCAGGUAGGAGAGGGCAGUGGGGAGCCUCUUGUGUAGAUGUGUGUCAUGACCUGCCUUUCAAAGCACUCCAUCAUUACAGAUGUGAGUGCUACAGGGCGAUAGUCAAUCAGUCAGGUUACCUUGGAGCUCUUGGGAACAAGGGUUGUCUCUGAUUGCUAGGGGGUGGUUUGGUGCUGUGGACUAAAACACCUGUGCAAGGGUUAAGGGUUGUCUCUCUGCUCAUGGUACAUUCCUUAGAUAAGAUCCCCUCAGAGGUUCCUGAUAACAGCUCUUUUCUCCUAGUCUUCUCCUGAUAACAGCUCUAAUACUGGAGUCUGACUGGAGGUCACACGUUAUGCAAUUAUGUAUUUUGGUUAGGUCAGGGUGUGACAUGGGUGAUGUAUGUGUUGUUAUACUGUCUAGGGGUUUUGUAGGUGUCACAAAUACCACCCCUUCCUGCUCGGGUGGCGCUCGGCGGUCAAUUAGCUGCCACUGAAGGUGGCUCCCCUUCCUGCUCGGCGGUCUAUUAGCUGCCACUGAAGGUGGCUCCCCUUCCUGCUCGGCGGUCUAUUACCUGCCACUGAAGGUGGCUCCCCUUCCUGCUCGGGUGGCGCUCGGCGGUCUAUUAUCUGCCACUGAAGGUGGCUCCCCUUCCUGCUCGGGUGGCGCUCGGCGGUCUAUUAGCUGCCACUGAAGGUGGCUCCCCUUCCUGCUCGGCGGUCUAUUAGCUGCCACUGAAGGUGGCUCCCCUUCCUGCUCGGGUGGCGCUCGGCGGUCUAUUAGCUGCCACUGAAGGUGGCUCCCCUUCCUGCUCGGCGGUCUAUUAGCUGCCACUGAAGGUGGCUCCCCUUCCUGCUCGGGUGGCACUCGGCGGUCUAUUAGCUGCCACUGAAGGUGACUCCCCUUCCUGCUCGGCGGUCUAUUAGCUGCCACUGAAGGUGGCUCCCCUUCCUGCUCGGCGGUCGUCGCCGGUCUAUUAGCUGUCACUGAAGGUGGCUCCCCUUCCUGCUCGGGUGGCACUCGGCGGUCUAUUAGCUGCCACUGAAGGUGGCUCCCCUUCCUGCUCGGCGGUCUAUUAGCUGCCACUGAAGGUGGCUCCCCUUCCUGCUCGGCGGUCUAUUAGCUGCCACUGAAGGUGGCUCCCCUUCCUGCUCGGCGGUCUAUUAGCUGCCACUGAAGGUGGCUCCCCUUCCUGCUCGGCGGUCUAUUAGCUGCCACUGAAGGUGGCUCCCCUUCCUGCUCGGCGGUCUAUUAGCUGCCACUGAAGGUGGCUCCCCUUCCUGCUCGGCGGUCUAUUAGCUGCCACUGAAGGUGGCUCCCCUUCCUGCUCGGCGGUCUAUUAGCUGCCACUGAAGGUGGCUCCCCUUCCUGCUCGGCGGUCUAUUAGCUGCCACUGAAGGUGGCUCCCCUUCCUGCUCGGCGGUCUAUUAGCUGCCACUGAAGGUGGCUCCCCUUCCUGCUCGGCGGUCUAUUAGCUGCCACUGAAGGUGGCUCCCCUUCCUGCUCGGCGGUCUAUUAGCUGCCACUGAAGGUGGCUCCCCUUCCUGCUCGGCGGUCUAUUAGCUGCCACUGAAGGUGGCUCCCCUUCCUGCUCGGCGGUCUAUUAGCUGCCACUGAAGGUGGCUCCCCUUCCUGCUCGGCGGUCUAUUAGCUGCCACUGAAGGUGGCUCCCCUUCCUGCUCGGCGGUCUAUUAGCUGCCACUGAAGGUGGCUCCCCUUCCUGCUCGGCGGUCUAUUAGCUGUCACUGAAGGUGGCUCCCCUUCCUGCUCGGCGGUCUAUUAGCUGUCACUGAAGGUGGCUCCCCUUCCUGCUCGGCGGUCGUCGCCGGUCUACUAGCUGCCACCGAUCCCUUUUUCCUUUUCGUUUGUUUCUGUCUAAUUGUUUUCACCUGUUCCUUGUUGGGGUUUUGGGAUGGGUGUUAUUUAAGUUCGUUUUGCCCGCUGGUGUUUGUUCUGGCUUGUUGGUUGUUACGUUUGGUGAUGUAUCGUGUUUUGUUUUGGGUUUUCGCUGUCCAGUGUGUGUCUAGGUUUUGGGUUGGUUUUAGCGCCAGUGUUUUGGGCAUUCACCCAUGUUUUGGACCUGUUAGGUUUUGAAGGACAUUAAAGCGUUUUCCCGUAUUUCGCUCUCUG